UCUUUCAUUAGUCCCGCUGCGGUCACACUACUCUCCCGCUCUCGUCUCGUCUCGUCUGAUUUCUUUUUAUAACAAAUUUCAAACAUAUACACAUAAUGUAUAUAUAAAUAUAAUGUGCAACAUAUAUAAUAGCUAAAAACAAGUGCAAUCCCCCGACAACUUCAAAUGGCAAUCCAAUUUACGUAAAACGCGACGGAGACCCUCAACCAAAAAAAAAGAGAAAGAAACGGCGCGUGUGAAAUUUUUUCAAGCAAAGGAGAAGUUGGAGCACCAACAAAUAAAAAAAAAAAACGAAAAAGAGAACAAAAAUACAACAACACAAAGGCAGUGAAAAUCGCGCAAAAUGUGCAACAAGAAGCCGAAAAACAACAACAGCGGCUUUAAGGCUGCUGGACAGGUUUCCCACGGCUAACAAAAACACCAAAAACAACAGCAAAUUUCACGAUAUUUAAGAAAAAAAAAAAAAAAAAGGAGCAUAAGAAGCAGCAGCAAUGCGUGAACCGCGAAAGCAAAGUGAAAUUCAUGACAACACCAACAGCAACAACAACAACAGCAGCAGCAGCGCCAGCUUAGCGGCUAAAAGAAACCGUUAUUCAACAAUUUAUUAAAUAAAAAAAAAUAUAUACAAGUGAAAGAAGGCACAAACUACUGGUUUACAAAAAAUAAAAUAAAAAGAAAGAAAGAAAAGAGAGAAAAAGUUGCUGCACGAGAAAUUUUGUACGUGUAUCGUCUCCCCAUUUCUAUAUAUCUCUCUCUUUCCUUUUCUCUGCAUGUGUGUGCCUGUCUGUCUGUGUGUUGUGUGUGUAUGGAGUGGAGUAAAGUGAAAAGCAAUGUUGAAAGGAAUUACAACAACAACAACGACAAGAAGAGAGUACUGAAGUUUUAUGCGUCGAGUGCAGUUAUCAUAAAUAACAGUAAAAGGAAUUAAUUAGCAACCCAGAACAUACAAUCAAAAGCAACUACUUAAAGACCUGCACACCAUGGAACCCAACCGACAUCACGAAUAUCAGACACAUCAUCAGCCGCAUCCGUCGCUGCAGAACCACCCAACACACCCACAUCACGUCCCGCCCACUUCAGCGCCACCGCCGCCGCACCACCAGCAGCCGAUCCACCAGCAGCAUCCACACCACCCCCCUCCAGGACCACCAGGUCCGCAGCAGCAACAGCCGCCACCGCAGGCGAUCCAUCAUCCACAUCACUACCAGCAGAUCCAUCACCAGCAUCUACCCACGAGCUCGAGCACAGUGGUGGGGAGUUCCUCGGCCGGAUAUGGAGCUCUGCAGCACCUGCCGGCCGGACUGGGAGAGGAUCAGCGGUCCAGGACGGCCAUGUACAUGAGCCGGAGCAACCCAACUCAGGCAGUUCCGCCCCAGGGACCCGGCACGGGCCCGCCACCCACGGGCGGGGAUCCCCAUAUGCAAUACUACACCUCCAACCGCGAUCUGACGGUGAGCAAGAUGCCGGAGGCGUCGCACCCCAACUGGAGCUACAAAAGCCAAACCGUGCCAGCUCCAGCCCCGGCACCGGCGCCCGCCCUGCGACAUCACGGGAAUCCUGCCAUUUAUGCCACGGGUAGGACGGCAUACUGGCCGCCGGCGGAGGAGCAACUGCAUCAUCACCAGCCGCCAGCCAGGUACUCCUACGGAAAGCCACCAGCUGGCGCUGGGCAGAUCCCCCUGCCCGCCGCCCGGCCCGGCAGCCAGCGAUAUUAUCCAGAGGAUAUUAAGUACUCGACGGUACCUGCCCCCUCCAAGGUGCUGAGCUAUGCACCCACGGCCAGCUCCCAGUCCCAGGGGGUAGCGCCACCCACUGCCAGCUCGUCAGCGAACUCAUCCGCCGCCGCCGCCACCACUUCCGUCCGCCAGAACCACUACGAGCUCGAGCACGUGGUAAAUCCCAGUAAUCCGAGCAACGAGCACCAGCAGCCGAGUCCCAACUACGGGCGGAUGUGCCCGCCCCACUACGAGACACCACCGGAGCAGCGCAGUGCCGGAGCAACGCCCACGUCUGCCACGCCGACCACCACGUCGGCGCACCACCAGAGCCUCUACAUGCCGAUGCCGCAGUUCAGCACGGAGAAGUUCCAGACCACAGUGAACAACGCCAUCGAGAAGUAUGUGCGGGAGACGCCGGGCCCCAGCUUGGAGUAUCCGCGGGGCGGCACGGCAGCUGCCAACUACGGACGCACUGCGCCCACCACCUACUACAGUCCGACGUCCAGUGCGAAGAGCUCCAAGCCGGCACCUGCGAGCUACGUGAAGCUGGAGCCGGAGCACGCCCUACCCGGCAGUCUGCCUCAACCGACAAGGUCCUCGCUGUACCACAAUCCCUACAGCGCGGAGAGCAGCAGCAGUCGGGAGCGGGAUGCUUCGCCCGCCAUGGCCACCGUCCCAGCGCCGCACGGCUACCCCACCAAGUACGGCAAGCUGAUCCAGCAAGUGGGAACCGGCAGUGGAGCCACUCCCUACUCCAGUUACUACCACCAAGGCACGCCGUCGCCGGCGGCGGGAGCGGUGGCGUCUCCCACCCCGGCGCCAACAGCGCCGCCAGUGACGGGAGCCCCGCCUGGCACCAUUCUGGGGCCGGCGCCACUGCCACCGCAAUCAGCUCCGUCCCAACAGCCCGCCUCCUCGUCCACGGCUUCCUCCAGCAGUGCCAACUACUCCACCCUGCAGGUGUAUCCCCACGGGCCGGACAUCUGCUACCAGCCGGGCGGCGCUCCGUCCCAGGCCCAGGGGCACCCGGCCGCCACUCCUGCCAAGAAACCCCCAGCCAAGCCCAACUACAGGGCCCUGAUCAACGACAUGCUGAAGCGGAACACCGCCAGCGAGCAGGAGCGGAAUCUGCAGAUAAUCAAGAAGACCCUGAACAUGGAGGCUCCGGCGCGGAAUCACCUCCACCAUCCCACGGCCCCCAGCCGGGUCAUCCAGCAGAUCACGGCCUCCGCGCCUCCAGUUCCCGCCCCAAAUCCCCCGCCGGCACUCCAUUCUCCGCUGGAUCUGUCCAUGCGGACGGUGAAGCAGACGGCGGACUCCACGGACUACAAGUACCGGAGUCCCAGUGCCGCGGACUACAAGCCCUCGCCGGGCAGUCUGAGCGGAGGCGGUGCCGGCGGACUGGGCUUGCCCAGAUUCGACUUCACGCCGAACUUCUCGGCGGCCUCCAGGGGCGGGCCACCCACUAGUCCGGCGCCCACGCCUGUGAUCCGCCAGGCCCCGGCCACGGCGUCUGUGUCGCCGGCUCCUCCCCACCACCACCAUCCAGCUCCAGCUCCUCCAGCGCCCGCUGCCGCCCCGGCUCUGGUCAUCAAAACCCUGCAGCAGAUGCGCCCCAGCGUGCUGGAAACCAAUCCGUAUGCUAAGCGGCAGCAGCUGACGCCCGAGACGACCAUCGUGCAGGUCAACAAGCCCCCCGAACUGAUGCCCACCCCCUCUCCCAGCCCCCACAACAGCAGUAAUCCCAACUAUCUGGGCCGAAAGAGGCACCUCAAGGAGUACAACCAGGCGGCCGCCAAGCAGGCGCGCCUGGAGGCGGAGUCAUCCGUGGGAGUAGUUCCUCCCAUCGUGGCGGCACCCACAUCAGUGGUGGUGGUGGCUCCCGUGCCCGUAAUAGCCGUGAAUGAGCAGGCGCUGGCCGCCAAGCGGGAGAGGGAGACGCAGCCUCUUGGUCUUCCAGAGUCCUCCACUUCCUCCUCCGCCAGCUCUAUGACCAUUCCGAAGAUGGAGCCACGCAUCCGGACGAAAGCGGAGCUCAAGGGCUUCACAUUCACGCCGCCUGUGCUGGUCACGUCCACCACCAAUGCCACCGGAGCCGUGUCGCCGCCAAGGACGCCGCCCAACCAGGUCACCAAUCACAUCCAAAUCAAGCUGGAACCGGCGCCACCACCGAAGUCUGCCGACCUGGGCCUGGAUGAGGCGCCCGGCUUGGGCAGUCUCCUGGACUGGGGCAGCACCUGCAACAAUCUCGUGGAGCAGCUGCUCAACAAGGCCGUGGCACUGCCACCCCUGCCGACCACCACCACCAGUAUUAAGCUGGAACUCAGCGAGGACGAUCUGCCGGUGGCCAGGAUCCUGAAGAGACAGCCCCUGGCCACGCCCACUGCCACAGUCGUGGGGGCGGACGCCGAGUCGGCCAGCACGCAGCUGACCACGACCACCAAUGGGAUCUCCUCGUCGCUGGGCAACGGCAGUGGCCAGAAGAAGCUGAGCAAGGUGGAGCGGGAGAAGAAGCGGCAGCAGCAGGAGCAGCGGAUAGCCGCCCGCCUGGCGCCCAAGGAGGGCCAGAGCAGCUCCUCCGAGAGCGACACCACGGAGCUGCACAAGCGGAACACGGCCCGCCAGAAGAAGCCCCUCAUGCGGAAGGGAAGAGCCCGCCAGAGAUCCCCGGAGGCGGCCAGCAGCCAGCAGAGCAGCGACGACGAGAAGGGGAAGACCAAUCAGGGCCUCAGCCGGAGUCAGAGCUCCAGCGAGGGGGGAAAGUCCAAGGCCAACUCCUCGUCUGCCAAGAAGGAGGUGAAGAAGGCCAAGGAGGCCAAGAGCAACUCCCUGGCCAAGACCAGCAACCACAAGGGCAAAGCCAAGGCCGAGGAGAACCAGAAGGACAGUUCCAACUCCUCGGAGAGCCACGACGAGGAGGAGGAGGCCGAGGAGGAAGAAGAGGACGAGGACGACCAGGAGGAGGAGGACAAGGAGGGGACCGAAGAGGACGCGGAGAAGAAGCCCGCGAAGCGAGUGGGCCGCCGGCCGGGCUCCACCCUCAAGAAGCGGAUGACCCACAACCUGAACACCAUGACGCGGUCGAAGCAUCGCAAGGAGCUGGAACUCCAGCUGGCCAACAGCAAGGUGCUGCGGAACGACAAGAUCAUCCGCAACUCGACCACCAAGAUCAAGAGGAAGUACGUCCGCAAGGUGGUGGACAGCAAAAAGGAGAUGAUGGUGACGCGGCUGCGCAACAGGCGGGGUCCCAACUCCGAGGCUGGGCAGCUGAAUGGCCGGAACGCGAAGCUGAAGAUGGGGAACAAGGGCGGGAAUGGCAACGGCAAGGCGGCCAAGACCUCGCCGCAACAGCAACUGUACCUGGAGGAGUACCGCUACAAGCUGGCCCUCAAGAUCCCCCACCGACUGAUCUCGAUUAACAAGCUGAACAAGGGGGCGGCCUCCCUGCCCGACCUGGAGCGCCGGGAUCUCGGCCAGGAGCUGGCCUGCUUCAAGAAGACCCGCCCCAAGACCAAGGCGGCCAGCAAGCAGGAUUCCAUACCGAAGUCCUUCAUCGACUACCUCGUCCUCCGGGUGACCAACGGUAAUAGCAACUCCUCGCCCCCCGUCCACGGGAAUUCAAGGAAGAUCUCGGUCUCGGCGCCAGCCUCCACCAACCUCCAGGUCCACAGCGAAACCUCGCAGACCUCCGCCUCCACGUCGCUGUACGAGCAGCCGCAGCAGGAGGCGAGCACCGAGAGCCAGAACCUGGAUGAUCCCAGUCGCCGGCACUUCAGCAUCUUCGACACCAAGGUGCUCCAGAGCAAGACGCGAACAGAGUCCAAGCUGCAGCAGCGGCGUGAGAUCAUCCGGGAGAUAUUCGUGGGUCCGGAACGGCCGGCCUCGGCUCCGCCGGAGUGCGCCCAGGAGGCGGACGGCGAUGCCAUCAGCUACCAGAAGUACGAGGAGUUCCUCCAGCAAAUGAACAGCAUUGUGAGCGGCAGCGACAACAAGCUGGCCCGCCGAUCCCUCAUGGAGGACAAGGUCCUAAACUCGGCGGCGCCACAGUGCCCCCAUAAGCGGAAGUACCUCCGGCGGAAGGGCAGCUCGGGCUUCGACUACAUCCGGAAGAAGAAGCGCCCCACCACGUCGCAGAAUCAAAACCACCAUCAAGGCGACAAGCCAACCCAGACCCAAUCUUCCAGCCAGCUGGCCCAGGCCCACCUCUCGGCGGACGAGCGGUUGGAGGACACGGACAGCACCAUUGCGGGCAGCUCCCACCUGCCGACGAAGAUCAAGACCGAGAUGGACGUGUACCGGGAGUUCCAGAAGUGGGUGCUGAACAAGAGUGUGGGCCAGAGCACCAUGCACAAGGCCGCCCGCCAGGGAUUGAUCGAUGUGGUGGUCUACUGCCUGGAUCGCCUGAACAUGAACCCGGACCAGAAGGACAACGCCGGCUACACGCCACUGCACGAGGCCUGCACCCAGGGCUGGCUGGAGAUAGCGCGGAUACUGCUCCAGUACGGAGCCAAUCACUCGGAAGCGGCCCAGUCCGGAAUCAGGCCGCUCCACGGAGCCAUCGAGAACGAUCACGAGGAGGUGGUGCGUCUGUUGCUCUCCUACGGGGCCGAUCCUUUGCUGGCCACGUACUCAGGACAAACUCCGCUAAUGUUAGCUUCAAGCAAAUUGAUGCGGCGCGUCCUGCGCGCUCACCUCAGCGACGCCCAAAGUGCCGCCGCCGACAUCAAGCCCAUGCGCUUCCAAGGCCCCUGGGAGAUAUUUGAUGCCAAGGAGUAUGGUUAUGAUAUAUUCGAUAAUGUACCGAACACAGCUUGUGAUAUGAGCAGAGCUCUACGUAGGGAGAGGAAGGAGGCCAAGCAGCAGCAGCAGGAUAUUAGAACGAGUGGCAUGGGCAACAUCACCACCAACUCGAAUGGCAACGGGGUAGUGCCCAUCAAACUGAAGGUGGAGCCGGCACAGGAUGCUGAGCUGGUGGAUCACAACCUGGAGGACCAGAACCAUGAACAGAGUCGGGAGACAACGAUCAAGCAGAACGGGGAGACGAGUGCAAUUAAGACUGGAAUAGCAACAGGUGGAGCAACUGCACCCACGACGAUGGUGAAGCUGGAGCCCGGCACCGAGGAGGAUAGCAAUAACAAUAAGAACAACGAUGAGCUGAAUGCGAAUGUUGGGAAUAAUUUAGUAACAAGCGUUGUGAAUGUCAAGAAUGAAGUGAAAAAGGAAGUGGAUGCCGAAACGGAAGUGGAUGGGGAAGCGGAAACGGAAGCUGUAACAGAAACGAAUAGUAAUAAUAGAUGUAAUAGGCUAGAUGACGAUCAGGCGGACAUCGAGACAAUGGAUAGUGAAUUGAACGGUGAUAUUUUUGAAUUUGAAGAGGCCGAUGUGCCCUUGCCGCCACUGUACUUGCUCAAGGACGAGGGCAGUGAUAAAUGGGUACUACUCAACGAUUUGUGCAAUUUACUUAAAGUUAAAUCGAAGGAUACGUUGCUCAACAAGCUCUGUCCAAACAACAAUAACGCCUUGGCCAGCAGCCAGAAGCAUCUGCUCCGGGAGUUUAAAAUCGAUGACUUCCUGGAGAAGGCCACCUGUCUGCAGCUAUUGUGCGCCGGCGAGAAACUGAACAUGUUCAGCUCCUCCAAGGUUGUCCUCAUCAAGUACAACGAGAGUGUGCGGAACUUGUUGGGCGUGAAGACCAUUCUGAUGAAGUUUUAACCAGGCA